AUGUUAAAACUGUACGCAAUAAGGCCAAUUAGGCCAAUCAAGCCAUGCCUUGUGGCUUCCACUUUCAGGCACUAUUCGGUGAAAGUCGACACGUCCAACAAAGCCGAUGUGAUAAAAGACUCACAAACAGAUACCACCUCCAAACCAGGAGCUGAGCACGGACACACGUUGGGGCAAUACAUCACAAAGAAACUGAUGGUUCGGCAGAGACUGCCCACAGAGAAAAGAGAUGAUUCCUUCUUGACUCCUCCGGCUAUGCCACAUCAUGGCUAUCGUCAAGAUCUAAUGGAGAAAAUCCACUACGAACACAGGGAACCCACUUUGAUCAGAGAUAAGCUUGCGUUCGGAUUGAUGCGUAGUCUCAGGGUUUGCUUCGACUUCUUUUCGGGCUACAAACACCCAAAGACUAAAGAGGGGCUUGAAAAACUCACUCCUGCGACUUAUCAGAUGACCCCAGAGAAAUGGUUGACUAGAUUCAUAAUUCUUGAAAGUAUUGCUGGGGUGCCAGGGUCAGUUGCAUCGUUUCUGCGCCACCUGCAGAGCUUGCGGUUGUUGAAACGUGAUAAGGCUUUCAUUCAAACAUUACAAGAUGAAGCAUACAACGAAAGAAUGCAUCUCUUAACGUUUUUAGAAAUUGGAAAACCAGGACCGUUUAUGAAAGUUCUACUGUACGCAAGUCAAGGUGUGUUUUGUAAUCUGUUCUUUUUCACAUACAUGCUUGCACCAAAUGCAUGUCACCGAUUCGUUGGUUACUUAGAGGAGGAAGCUGUGUAUACUUACACUACCUGUCUUGAAGACAUUGAGAGAGGUCUAUUGCCCGACAUUGAACAUUUCAAAGUCCCUAAGAUUGCUAAAGAUUACUGGCAUCUGUCGGAAGACGCCAAAAUGAGAGAUUUGAUCAGCUACAUCCGUGCAGAUGAGGCAAAGCAUCGUGAAGUCAACCACACCUUUGCCAACUUAAAGUUGGAUGGAACUGACCGUAACCCUUUUGCAUUGCAGGUUGAUUCAGUUCCCGAAUCGGCACAGCCGAAUAACAGAUUGAGCACCCACAAAGCUGUCGGAUGGGAAAGAGAUGAGCUCGUUUUAUGA